AGGCAAAGCUUUUUAGUCAUGUUAUCCAUUCCUCUACUCAUCACUGAAACAUAAUCACAUACUGGAGAGAAUGGGAAUUGCCCUUCUCUCAGUUCAAGCACCUCAUUACACCCCACUCCCUCAAUUCCAUUAUACCAACACUACCAAGUCAUGGAGGACCUUCUCUCGCCCCUACCCAUUAGAAUCCAAGUCCACCAUCCUUCUCUGCUCAACCUCCUCAUCCUCAGUUGUAGAAGACACUACUCUUCCACCUGAUGAUUCACUUGCAGCCAAAUCUGAAUCAUCCAUCAAAGAGCCUCCCUUCAGUGCUUGCAAGUCCUGCGGAAGAGAAGAAAUGGAGAAGGGGUGCAAUGGUGAAGGAAGUAUUCAAGGUGGAAUUGCAACAUUUCCAGGAUUUGGUUGGUGGCCGAUAAAGGCUUACAGGCCAUGUCCUGGAUUUUUGGAAUCAGGCGGCCGGUAUCGGCGACAAGGACAAAGCCUGGAUGAAGUUGCCUUUGGAAGAGGGGGGAGAGGAGAGAACUAGCAAUGACAGCAUAGGUGAAGUUCUGAGACCCCCGUAAAAGCUAGGGGAUGUUUGCCUCUUUUUGUACUCCCUUGAAAAUUUGAUUUCCUUGAUUGCACUUAGAGCCUGUAUUCUUGAGCAUUGUUACUUGAA